AUGGCUGGGCUCCGCUUCGGGGCCACAGGGCCUCUCGCCAUUUUACUGGUGGUCCUAUUGGUUCAUGGAGAAAUGAGAAUAGAGACGAAGGGGCAGCCCGGAGGAAAUGGGACAGUGGUCCACGGCAAGAGGAGACAUAAACGGGAAUGGGUGAAAUUUGCAAGACCCUGCAGAGAAGAGGAAGACAACUCCAAAAGGAACCCCAUUGCCCAAAUUAGUUCAGAUUUCCAUGUAAAUCAGAAAAUUUCCUACCGCAUUACUGGAAUCGGAGUUGAUCAGCCCCCUCUGGGAAUCUUUGUGGUUGACAGAACUACUGGGGAUAUUAACAUAACGUCCAUAGUUGAUCGUGAGAAAACCCCACAUUUCCACAUCACAUGCCAUGCGCUAAAUGCCUAUGGACAAGAUGUAGAGAAGCCACUUGUAUUAACGGUCAAAAUUUUAGACAUCAAUGACAACCCUCCGGUGUUUUCACAAGAUAUAUUCAUGGGCGAAAUUGAAGAAAACAGCCCUGCAAACUCGCUGGUGAUGAUCCUGAACGCCACGGACGCCGAUGAGCCCAACCACCUGAACUCAAGAAUUGCCUUCAAGAUCGUCUCCCAGGAGCCCGCGGGCGCCCCCAUGUUCCUCAUGAGCAGACACAGCGGCGAGGUCCGCACUCUGACCAGCUCUCUGGAUCGGGAGCAAGUGAGCAGCUAUCAUCUCAUCGUGAGCGGCGCAGACCAAGACGGAGAGGGGUUAUCAAGCCAGUGUCAGAGCAGCAUCAAAGUGAAGGAUGUCAACGACAACUUCCCAAUGUUCAAGGAAUCUCAGUAUUCAGCGAGUAUUAAGGAAAACUCUUUGAGUUCGGAAUUACUUCGAUUUCAAGUAAUAGAUUUGGACGAAGAGUUCACAGACAAUUGGCUGGCGGAGUAUUUCUUUACCUCUGGCAACGAAGGGAAUUGGUUUGAGAUACAAACUGAUGCCAGGACUAACGAAGGCAUCCUGAAGGUGGUUAAGCCCCUAGAUUAUGAACAACUACAAAAUGCACACUUUAGUAUCGCCGUCAAAAACAAAGCUGAAUUUCACCGAUCUGUAAUCUCUCAAUAUCGAAUCCAGUCAACCCAAGUCAAGGUUCAAGUUAUAAACGUGCAAGAAGGAAUUGCAUUCCGCCCUGCUUCCAAGACGUUUACUGUCCAGAAAGGCAUAAGUAGGAAAAGGUUGAUCAAUUAUAUCCUGGGAACGUAUGCAGCCUUUGAUGAAGAAGCUAACAAAAUUGCUUCAAAUGUCAGAUAUGCCCUCGGACGGAAUGAUGGUGGUUUUCUAAUUAUUGACUCAAAAACGGCUGAAAUCAGAUUUGCCAAAAACAUGGCUCGGGAUUCUUCUACUUUCAUAGGUAACAGGACAAUCAUAGCAGAGGUUCUAGCCAUCGAUGAAAAAACAGGGAAGACGUCUACGGGCACCAUCUACGUUGAUGUGCCUGGUUUUAAUGAAAAUUGCCCGACAACGGUCCUGGCACAGGAAAGGAUCUGCAGCUCAUCACCUUCUGUGGCUGUCUCUGCAAGAGCGCAGGACAGCGGGAGAGACACUGGCCCCUACGUGUUCUCCCUGGAGGAUGAUGUAAAGCUGCCGGCUGUGUGGCGGAUCACAACCAUUAACGCCACCGCUGCGAUGCUGAGCGCCCAGGCGCCGCUGCCCCCCGGGAUGUACCCCAUCUCCCUCGUGAUCACAGACAGACAAAACCAGCAGUGCGACACUCCCGACAACCUGGCUGUGGAGGUGUGUCAGUGUGACAACAGGGACACCUGUAGAGCAGUCCCCCAGCCCGGGCCCCGGUAUGGAGACCAGCCAUCGGGGAGGCUGGGGCCCGACGCCAUCGGCCUGCUCCUGCUUGGCCUUCUGAUGCUGCUGCUGGCGCCCCUCCUGCUGCUGACCUGUGACUGUGGGAAGGGACCUAUUGGCGGAGUAACAUCUGGGUUUAUCCCGGUUCCUGAGGGCUCAGAAGGAACCAUUCAUCAGUGGGGGAUCGAAGGGGCCCAGCCUGAAGACAAGGAAAUCACAAAUAUUUGUGUGCCACUUAUAACCUCCAAUGGAGCUGAUUUCAUGGAAAGUUCUGAUGUCUGCAUGAAUGCCUGCACCAGAGGAAUGACGGCGGAAGGAGCGUCGGGCAUGGAACUGACCACCAACCUGGGAGCGGCCGCGGGAGCUGGGGCCGCCGCGGGGUUCGGAGCCACCACUGGCCUGGGCUUCUGCUCCGCGGGCCAGACGGGAACCAUGCGGACAAGGCAUUCCACGGGAGGGACCCACAAGGAAUGUGUCGAAGGAGCAAUAAGCAUGAACUUCUUGGAGUCCUACUUUUCCCAGAAAGCGGUCACCUGCGCAGAGGAGGACGGGGGCCAGGAAGCAAACGACUGCUUGCUCAUCUAUGACAACGAAGGCCUGGGGGCCCCCGGCUCCCCCGUGGGCUCCCUGGGCUGCUGCAGCUUCAUUGCCGACGACCUGGAUGACAGCUUCUUGGACUCGCUGGGCCCGAAGUUUAAGCAGCUGGCAGAGAUCAGCCUGGGGCUGGAUGACACAGGCAAACAGGCCCAGCUGCCCGCCCACAGCAGCGGCUCUGGGGCGGGCGCCUGUGGCCACUCCGUGGAGAUGCAGCACUCGGAACCGUUUAGGGGCCAGACCACGUCGGGCGGUCAGGGGGCUUGCGCUUGGUCUGCUUCGGGCUCUGUCCUCCAGCCGGCCAUUUCCAUCCCCGACCCCCUGCAGCAGGGCAGCUGUCUGGUGACGGAGACUUACUCGGCUUCUGGCUCGGCUUGUGGCUCCUUCCUGUACCCUCCCACUGCGACCUUUGACCCACUUCUCACGCAGCAGAAUGUGGUGGUGACAGAACGCAUGAUCUGCCCCGUUCCCAGUGGCCACGGCCACCUGCACGGGCCCACCGAGCUGCGAGGGGCCUGUAACAUGAUCUGCACAGAAGACCCUUGUUCCCGUCUGAUCUGA